AUGCCAAAUAAAGCAAAAAACCAUGAAGACUGCAGGAAGUCUGUUUGUUUUCUUUGCAUGAGGAAAGGAGACCGAGAGUUAACUGACUUUAUCAUUGGAAGAAUUCACAAAUUGUUGAAAACGGACAUUGACUUUGAAGAUGAAAGGGUCCCACAGAUAGCAAAGCUCAAGCUCAACCAGAAACAUCCCUUGGCACCAAAAGAACAGACCAGAAACCUUGACCAAGGUGAAUCUUCCAAGCCUGGCCCUUCACCAAAUUCCCGCUUAAAGUCAUCAGAAAAAAGAUGCACACAGUGUUUGUUCAUUCUUGCAAGAGGUUUCAGACACUCAUGCACUAUCGGAACAAGACACCAAAACUUGCAAGCAUUGGUCCAGUCAGAUCCUGUUGGUGCUGAGCAAAUUGCAUCAGCCAUCAUCAGUUCAAAAGAUGCAUCUCCGGGAGGAACUGUUCGCCUUAGUCAAGCAAGAGGAGGGCAGUUAUUUCCAUUAACACCAGGCCCAGCAUCUGCACACAAAUCAACCAGUUCAACACUUACAAUGCAAAGCUUGUUAAAUGUUCAGUUGAACACAGGACUAUCCAACACAGGAAUGCGACAACUUGCCUCAACACUUAACAAAUCAACAGAAACUCGACUUGUUGAGCCAUUUCUCCAGCAAAAGUUUGCUGCUGUAGGAAAGUCAUUGAACAAUUUUUUUCAACUCUCAGUUGUUGACAUUUCAGCAGAAAAAGGAAAAACUGAAGAGAAGAGAGCAAUCGUUCACUGCAAAAAUCUUGAGGACUUAACCAACAAGGUGCUGCUGUCAAGGGAAUACGGCUACAAUCAUUUUGUCAAGCUUGGCAUUGAUGGAGGAGGAUCAUUCUUGAAAAUGAGCUUAUCAGUUAUCAAGGUAACUGAUGAAGAUGACGAAACAAGAAGUCCUCAACCAAAAAGUCUUCGCUUGCUGACAAGCUCAACUGCCAGAGACACAGGUGUCAAGCGUCAACUCAUAGUUGCCAUCGCUGAAAGUGUUUCUGAAACAUACGAGAACGUUAAAGUGAUGAUGAACAUCAUUCAAUUAAAUGAUGUUUCAUUCUGCAUUUCAUGCGAUCUCAAAAUGGCCAACAUCAUUUGUAGAAUUCAAUCCCAUUCAAGCAAACACCCUUGUUGCUGGUGCAACAUUGAUUCUGACAAUCUGUCAGAAUGUGGAACUUCCAGAAGUUUUGGAUCAAUGAAGGAAAAAUUUGAAGCCUUUGUUGCAGCUGGAUCAGAUACGAAAUCAGCAAAAGAUUUUGACAAUGUUAUCCAUCCACCACUGAUUAGCAUGGAUGACUCAACACUCAUUUUGGAUGUGAUUCCACCAAUGGAACUCCAUUUACUUCUUGAAAUUGUCAAUCAUCUUUACAAGAAUCUUUCUGAUUUAUGGCCUGGUGCCAAAGAAUGGCCAACUUUGUUGCACAUUCAGCUCCUGCCAUACCAUGGCGGACACUUUGCUGGCAAUGAAUGUCAUAAGCUUUUGCAAAACCUUGACAUUCUCCAAAUGCUGGCAGAAAAAGCUUGUGCCUAUCAAGCAUUUGGUUUCAUUGAAACUCUCAGACAUUUCAAAGAAGUUGUUACUUCAUGCUUUGGAACAACUCUGCAGGAAGACUAUAAAGAAAAGAUUCAAAAGUUUAAAACUUCUUUCCUAUUCUUGCCAAUCUCCGUGACUCCUAAGGUACAUGCUGUUUUCUACCAUGUUUCAGAAUUUGUAGAAAAACAUCAAACCUCCCUCGGAAUCUUCAGCGAGCAAGCAACCGAAGCAAUGCAUUCAAGGUUCAAGUUUCAUUGGGAGCGGUACAAGCGCAUCCCAACUCAUCCAGAUUAUGGGAAACAACUCUUCAAUUGUGUUGUUGACUAUAACAGCAAGCAUCUGUAACAAACAACACCUUCAAACUCAACUUUUUUCAGAAAUAUA